AUGUACUUUGCGGAUUUGUUUCCGACACGGAGCGUUAUUACGGUUGAAACGUUGGGGUUCUUGGCACUUGUUCUUCACAUGUUCUUAGUCGGAUUAGAGCUUGAUUUAACCGCGAUCGGUCGGAUAAGCAAGAAGGCAGUGGUGCUCACUAUAACAGGCCUUUUCCUUCCCUUGAUUGCAGGGAUUGUUUUCUUCUAUUUGUUGCGUGAACUUUUGGACCACAAGGCACAUAAAUAUUACCACCAAGAAUGUGGUUUCUUGUGGGCGGCCUCGUUGGAGGUCACGAGUUUUCCGGCGGUCAGCCAGAUUCUAUCUGAUCUCAAGUUGCUCAACUCCGAGAACGGACGUCUGGCGUUGCCGAUCGCCCUCAUAAGCGACUUGGUUUCGUGGAUUCUAGUUGUGAUUUUGAUACCAUUUUGUAGUAACCCGUUACACGCCCACAACAAAAACUUCAGCGAUAGUUACUUGCGUUUUGCUCUCGUCAGCGUCGUUUUAAGCGCGUCCGUUACGGAUGUCACCGGUACUCACCCAAUCGUCGGUGCUUUCAUAUUCGGGCUCAUCAUGCCUGAUGAUCUCGCCAUCGUAUUGAAGGACCGGUUCGCUUACUUCAUUUCCGAACUAUUGAUGCUGGUUUUCUUCGUCAUCGCCGGCCUCCGAGUUGACAUCUUCAAAAUAACAAAGUGGAGCCUCGUAUUCUUCGUUGUAAUCUUACUUUUCUCCGUUAAGGUCAUCAAUUUCCUACCGGUCUCGGCCGUCUCCAACAUUAACACUAAAGAUAGCUUUGCUCUCGGAUUACUUAUGAGCACCAAGGGAAUAUGGGCCGUUCUUAUUGUUCUCACUGGCUUGGACCACAAGGUUUUACGGGACGGCGAUUAUGCAGUGACGAUAAUUGCGAUUCUAUUCAUGAACAGCAUAAUUGCUUCCACCAUUGCUGCCAUUUAUAAGAUGACCAAAAUUUUUGUAAAGAGGAGUAGUAGGAGCAUCAAAGAAGCUAAAAGUGAAGCCGAGUUACGAAUUCUUGUAUGCAUCCAUUCUUAUUGCAACGUUCCGGGUAUACUAAAGCUCCUCGGUGCCACUCAUGAUUCUCGACGUAACCAUAUGACGGUGUUCACCCUCCACCUCAUCGAGCUCCCGGGCCGGCCGGCGGCGAUGAUUAUCAUGCAUGACUCGCAUACUCCCCGAGCAACUAAAGAAGGGACUCUACGGGAGACCAUCACUUCCUUUCGGAACAUAAAUCAAAAUGUGCUUCUCAAUGCUCCGUGUUCGGUCGGAAUAUUCAUUGACCGAGGGCUCGAAGAGGCCAAAGUCUUGGAUCCCGACGAAGGAAUCCAUGACAUAGCAGUGUUAUUCCUUGGCGGAGUCGAUGAUUGUGAAGCAUUAGCUUAUACAUGGAGGAUGUCAAGGAAGCCUGGAGUUAGCUUAACCGUUAUAAGAUUGUUAGAAAUAGAUCUCGGCGAUUCCUUGAAGGAGAAUGACAUCGACGACGAUUACAUAAACACGUUCCGAACACAAACCGCCAACCAAGAGAAGACUUUGCACGACGGGAAAGAAUUGACUGUCACAUUGAAAGAAAUGGAGAACAAAUUCGAGUUAUUCAUCGUGGGGAGACGAGAGGGGCUAAAGUCAUCGAUAAGGACCGAGUUACACGACAUGAUCGAGUGUCCGGAGCUCGGGGUCAUCGGCGACUUGUUGGCGUUAUCGGAUUCAGCCACGAGCUCCGUCCUAGUGGUGAAGCAAUUCAUCGAAGCCAUCGAUAGCCAAGUGAUAGAAGAUUUGGUCCGGUGGUCGUUGACCGAACGGUGA